AUGGGUUCUUGUUAAGGGACAACUUAAGAUAUCGAGCAAGAUUUACGAAUGAGGGAAAUAAUGUCAUAAUUUUAGGUUCCAAUGCCUUAUACGGAUGAGUAUAAAAUAUUUUAAACCUUGGAUUGGGUGGAAAUAAUUCAACAUAAUAGUUUACCAAAUUUUGGAUUGAUCUAUUCAAAAGCAACAGAUUCCCAGAAUAAACUAAGAGAGUUUGUGAGGAAGUGGAGAACAAAGAGUGAAUAGCACAAUCACCCUAAUUUAUUAUCAAUUCACAAUAUUUCCAUAAUAGAAUCAAUGAAACUUUUCAUCCCAUAUACUGAAAUAACACUUCUCAUUGAUUAACCAAUAGAACCUUUAUCUCGACACAAGAAGGUCAUAAUGAAAUAGCAAUUUACUCAAAACGAAAUCUUAUUUCUUUUGGAUUGCGUAGUUUCAGCAUUUUCAUUUCAACAAGCAAACAAAAUUUACCCAUCAGGCUUUGAUAUCGAUGAUAUCGUAAUGGUUAAAACUCCUUUCAACGUUGACGUCUUCAAAUUAGUGGAUAGGUAUUAAAAACCAAUUCGAUAAAAUCUAUUUCAAGAGUUCAUCUCAUUUUAUGAUGAUAAACAAACUUUGAGUGAAAUGAAAAAGACAGCCUUUCUUUCUCCAGCACAAAUUGAGGCUAUCCCUAAGAAAGACAAAUAUCUGAAACACAAUCGAUAUAAAUCAGAUGUUUUCAAUUUUGGAUUGAUGAUCAUCUAUUUGAUUCAAGCCAAGAAGCCAGAAGUGUAUGAUUGGAAGAGAUGGACAAUAGAUGAAUUCCAAUUGAGGAAGGUUUAAGAUGAUCUCAUAACCACCAAUUUUAAUGAAUAAAUAUUACACUUGAUUGAAUUGAUGCUAAAAUUGGAUGAAAGUGAGAGACCUGAUUUCAUACAGUUGGAUGAAAUGGUCAAUAAAUUGUUCCUGGACCUAAAGAAGCAUCGCCUAUUAGAAUAGCAUCAACCUUAAGAAUUCUUUGUUAAUGGUUAUAACAAGCCUUCCUCAUUUGACAAUCUAUUGCAUUAGAAUAUCUUUUAAUCAAAGCAUCCUUCUGGCUAAGCUACAUCUCCAAUUAUGAUUAGAUCUAGUUAACAUUUGUCUAAAAACUAAUAGGCAGAGUAACAAAGAAACAAGCAACAAGACAUGAGUCAGGCCUCGAUCAAAGACUAUGGCAGAACCUAGGAGACAAGAAACACUUUUGAAAAUGCUAUCACAUAGGGGAAAUUGCAAUAUUCAGGCGGUUUCUAUUACAUUGGAUAAAUUUGCAAUAAAAGAAGACAUGGAUAAGGCACUUAUUAUGAUUCUGAAAACGAAAAGGUAACAGAGGGGAUGUGGGUCUUUGAUAUCCCUGACGGUGAAGUUACCUUUUUUAAUAAACCAAAGUAGGAGUCGGAGAAAUCAUAUAAGAAUUUAGCAAGGAAGGAUUGGAUUCAAUACAAAGGACAGGUCAAACAUGGAUAAAAGCAUGGCAUCGGAGUUCUCUAUUUUGCCGAUGGUUCUAAGUUUAUGGGAGUUUUUUCAUGUGAUUAAGCUCAUGGGAAGGGUCAAUUUGAAUAUCAAAAUAAAGAAUGCUAUGCAGGCACUUGGUAGCAUGAUUUAUAUAUUAGUUGA